AGUCCUGAGAACGGCUGACAUUAACCGAUCGUCGAGUACACGCUCAGCUCUCGUACAUACAACAACUACACAACUAACCUCCAAAGCACGAGAGUCACACCGGAAGUAACAUUGAUGAAUCCAAGUACAUUGCCUUUGUGAUUUUUUUUGUUUGAGUAGUGCGUUAAGUGUGUGUGGUCCAGGCUUUGCAGGUUAUUCGACAGGGAGAACAUGGACUUGUACUGUUGCGAAAUUGCUGAAAAUGAGAAUACGGCGUACGACGAUCCCACUCUGCUGCAAGAUAGAGUUCUCAGGGUCCUGCUCAAGACCGAGGAUAGGUACGUCUUGCCGUACUCGGCCACACUUUCCAAACAAAAGGAAGUCACUGUGGAAAUGCGAAAGAUAGUGGCAGAGUGGAUGAUGGAGGUAUGUGAAGAGCAAAAGUGUCAGGACGAAGUUUUUUCGCUAGCAAUGAACUAUAUGGAUAGAUUUUUAAUGUGUUGUUCGAUAAUGAAGAACCAAUUACAGUUAUUAGGUACGGCGUGUAUGUUGAUAGCAUCGAAGUUGAGAGAAUCGAGACCUUUAGCUGGAGAAACUUUAGUGUAUUAUACAGACCACAGUGUUACAAAACAACAGCUUUCGAGUUGGGAACUUUUAGUGUUGAGUAAACUGAAAUGGGACAUCGCAUCCGUAACUCCCCACGACUUCCUCAGACACCUCCUCAACAGGCUGCCGAUGGAGGACAAUUGGAUGAUCAGGCCCGAGAUGGUCCUGAACCACGCCAAAACUCUGAUCACCCUUUGCGCCAGAGAGUUCACAUUUUCGAGGUACCACCCAAGCAUCAUCGCAUGUGCGAGUAUCACGUCUGCGCUGUGCGGUGUGGGGUGGGUGGGCAAAAGCGGACGUACCCUUCAAGACCUGCUGCAGAGGCUGACUGAGAUAACGAAUAUAGAGAAGGACUAUGUCGAGGAGUGCUUCAACCAGAUCGACAAAAUGAUCAGAGACUCGACUUGUGAUCAAGCCACCCAGUCUAGCGAAGUGAAUCCUUGCGAUAACAUCAGGCCAGGGGAAUUCACUCCCCCUCCCGGAAAAAAUCAAGAGCACGAGGCUGCACUCACCCCAACAGACGUGCACGACGUGCAUUUUUGAAACGCACGAACGCCAGUGAUAAACAGAGAGCUUCCAUAAACAUUUUUUUAAAGUGUACCUUAAAAACUCUAGAAUAUUAUAAUUUAUCUGUGCUUUACCAGAAUGCAUAACAUAGGGAAGGGUAGAGGGGCCAGUGGUGUAAUUUUACGAUCACGUGAUAGUCUUGGUUUUCUCAGUGUAAAAUUGACCACAGGGCGCUUGAUGAUAGAUAUUACACUGAGAAAAAUAUAUCAAGUCUUGAUGGUCUCCCUGCGUUUCCAAAAUAACAAAAUGGAGCGGUAAAUGGAUGUAGCGCCAUGGAAAACUUCGGGGGAAGGCAAUAAAUUACGCUUUAAGUGAGAACCAUAGUGUUUAAGGGCUGCUUGCGCUGAAGGGAAAAGUCACAGUGUGAUCGUUGUUGGAGCAGAGAAUAAUGAUAGAUUCAGCGCAGGCGGCCAUAAAAUCUUUGUAUUUUUUGUCGAUGAGGCCCUUUGUUAUUGGGUUAUUAGACCAGUCAACUAGAACGGUUGAAGAGUGAAUGGCGGGAACAAAGAGAUGAGUUUGAUUUUGAUAAAUAUAUAGUGUGUCGAUUUGAAAACUUUCAUCCUCAAUUUGUUUUGUUUUGAGGAUUAUUCUAAUGCACAGAAGAAUAAUAGAAAAUGUAUAGACGUAUUUUAGUUGAACUGCAAAAGUAUUGAAACAGUCAGUGCCUACCAUUUUAAUUUUUUUUUAGAUUUUGCACUGACAGUAAAAAAACUGAAAAAAUUUGUGGUUUUUUCUCAAAAUCUGCCCCCUCCUUCAAAGUAGAGUCAUGUGCAAUAUUCAACGCCUUGAAGAUACUUAGACUAGGAGAGAUUUCAAGUUGACACACUUAGAUUUUUUUCUGAAUGCGGAUAUUCAGGUCUUGAAGUAUGGUGCAAUAUUAGUUUUUUCAAAUUAUUUUUAAAACUUCUUUUAUAUAAUUGUUGAGCCAUUUCCUUGGUUGAUUGGGAUAUUAUGCAAAAAUCAGCACCCAUAGUCAUUUGUAUAUACACAUGUUGUUCCUGAUUCGACUUUUUUUCGGUUGAUAUACAGCUGCCGGACUGAAUCAUGGCCGGUGGGAAGCCCCUCCCUCAAGAUGUGCAGUAGAUGUGUAGAAAUCUGUUAUCAGUCUAUCAGAUUAUUCGAGCCGUAAACAUUCAAACAAAAGUUUCCAUUCCUUCUUUCAAAUACUUUCUUCGUCAUACACUGAUCCAAACUCUACGCAGAUACGAUUUCUCCCACCAGCCAGACUCAGUCCGAUAGCUGUAACUUUCGUCCUGCCGCACAAAUUGAGUUUAUGAUCGCUCCGAUUGUUCAAACUUUUGAAAUUUUGGCUGCCUUUUCUUGAUGGACUUUUUAGAAUCUCACUUACCAGCGAACUGUUUCGAUUCGACGAAAUUUGUGCUACAGAUGAUUUGUUCGAAGACUGCAUGCCCAUAGUUAUGAGCAAUAACCUAACUUAAUCCUAACACACUCUGACUGUAGAGACCCUGUAUAGACUUGUCAAAUAACGUUCAUGGCGAGACCUAGAAGGUAGUUCAGACUGUGAAGACUUCAGCCCGGAUUUGGUGGAGAGUUUCACAUUCUAACAGACUGGUACUUCUGAACUCGCUGUGGGUUAUCAAUCAAUGCAACUUCAGCGUGGAAUAUUCAACUUAACUUAAUAAUUAUAAUAGUUAUGUGUGUUUUAUUUAUCCAACUACUUAUACUGUUUUGUUAUAAUUCUUAGUAACUAGUUCGAAUUGGUAUGUGAUUACUUGUAUUUGCAUUUUUUGUGAUUCUGCAAUGUAUAUUAUUCAAUUGAUAAGUGAUCGAAAGUGAUUUAAAAUUAAUAAAAAAAAUAUUUUAUAAGGCAAUACAUGUACCUAAUAUGCUUGGGCAUAAAACGAUGUACACGUCUGCCCAAAUUUUUUCUACAAUAUUUGGACAGACGUAGUACAUUACAAAAAAAUAGUCGCUUUAAUGUUAAUAGUGUAAAUAUCUUGUACAUAUCCAGAUCAUCAAACCACAAUUCACUGCCGUUUUUUACAUGAAUUUCUUUCCAUUCUGCUCAUUUUUAUUACAAUAGUUCAAUUUUUAUAUACCUCAACCUCAGUUCCAUCAACACCCAUAGAUUUAUAUUAUUCAGUUGAAAUAUAAUCAUAUUAUAUAUGCUUUUAUUUGUAUAUAAUUAUAUAUCCUCUAAGAGAAU